AAAACUUAUAUACAUAUAUUUUUAGAUACUUAAACAAAAUGUUUUAAUAUGGAAGAUGACGAAAGCAACAAAGCUAUAUAUCUAUCGUAAUUAAAUAUAUACCGAGCGAUUAUUUUUUAAUGCACCUAAAUAAAAUUUUUUAUCUUUACCAAUAACAUUAUCGAUAUUUCAACACGUUAAUCUUCGAUAUAUUAGAUAUCUAUUUAAUAGAAAUUCUCUUAAAAAAUUACCUGUAAAACUGAAGUUUAACGCAAGCAUUAAACGUUGAAUUUUAGUUGGAAAGUAGAUCCGGCCGAAGUCGCGGAUGCAUUUAUGCAUUAUAAAUCAAAAUAUAAAAAUGCAAAAGAAACUGACGUCACCCGCGUCCGGCUGAAACGGGUCCUAUCUGACAUUCCCCGAAAAAUACUUCCGGCGCGAGAGGAAAGCUCCUCCGAUAUAUGCCGUUAUAGGGUCGCGUGCGUCGAUAAAGCAGAAACCGUCGUUUCGCGCGCCGACUAUCGAACCGAACGGCUCGGAGAGCCCGUUCCUCUCGAUUAUAUGACGUCAUCGGAUGGCGCGUUUCUCCCGUCGUUCGCCAUCGCCACCUACGGCAGGUCGGCUGCGGCGGACGGAGCUGCGUUGAAUUUCAGCAGUACGUUUGGUGCUGUCGCGGAGUGAGGUUAGGCGAUAUAUAUCGUCGUUCUACCCGCGGAUUAGCGAUAUGCUCGCCCCUCGCGAAGCGUCGCGCGUCUUAUUUUGCGCCGAUCGUUCGACGAAUCUCGACGGCAUUCGAAUUUCGAACGCGCAUUUCUAUAGGUUCCUCGCGGCGGCGUGAAGUUAGCGGUUUUUUUCGUGCGUUUCGUGGUGCGUGUCUGAAAUUCCGAUUCAUCGUGUAUGUACGUCGCUUCUCGCAAGACGUUCCAGUCGACUCGACUAAUUAAUCGUGUUAAAAAAAAAAUAAAUAAAAUCGUCCGAGAAGUUAUUGUGACUUCCAAAGAUUGGUGAUUAUUUUGUUGGAGUAAUAUCGAGUACCAUUUUUUUUUUGAGGAAAAAUUGCGCAAUUUUAUCUACGUGUAUCUCAAUGUGCAAUAUACACAUAUUACGGUUGUUGCGGAGAGUAGAUAGAGUUAAUUAAACUUAGAAUUGAGGAUUUAAACGAUUCUGAUUCCAUCGCAUAUGUAAAUUGAGAUAUGCCAACUUGAAGAUUUAAAUAUCUGAGGUUUCGAAACAAAAUUAUCAAGACUUCGGGAAUGUUAGAAAAAUUUAAAAGGUUUAAAGAUUCAAAGAAUUAAAUAAUAGAAACGAAAGAGUAGAAAAUUCAAAUACAUAGAUUUAGAAUUAAAUUAUUUAAAAUCUUGAAGAGAGAGAGAGAAGACAUUUAAAAUUUCGACAAAUUGGCAAUCUUAGUAUUUCAAUAUAUCCAAAGAGUAAAUUUCCCAAUUGUCUAAAAUUCUAGGGUUCGAGGCAUUUUAAAGUUGUGCGGCGAGAUAAUUAGGCCAAAUCACGGAUUUAAUGACCUGGAAAGUUGAACACUUCAACUUUUAUCUUCGAAUUCGCAACACCGAAGAUUUAUUUAUCGCGGAGCAGUUAAUCAAAAGUGGAACCACCGUUUCACUGGUUCCCCAUCAUUCCCGUAAGAGAAACCCAAUAAUCUCGUGAGCGAAAGUGAACUAUCGGAUCGGAGCAAAACCGGGUCUUCGCGAAUUGUAGGUGUUGGUUCGGUGACAACGAACCGGGUUUACACAUUCGGGAUACUCGGAGUGCUUUUUCGGACCUGGAUGUCUUGAUCCCUGAUGCGUAGCUCGACCCGGGGACACUUCUAGAUCAGGCAAUCACGUCGGUCUCUCUCGCUGAAAGACGGAUAGGGCGAUCACGGUCGGACUGAUCGCUGAAGGAGCGAUAAAACAUGUCGAGGCUGCUGAAAGGAGAGCCGACAGGCGGUUAUGUGAUUGGCUCGUGCGCGGAUCGAGGAUCGUAUUAGCCCGACUGGCAGUGACGCAUGUCGUAAGCCACGUGAGAUCGACGGAGAAACGACGCGGUGGACACCACGCAGGAUUUACGAACAGAGAAAGAGAGAGAGAGAGAGAGUGUGAGAGUGAGAGUGAAUAGACAGCCGCGAUAGAACUAAUACCAGAGCAAAACAGGCCAGGCGACGAGCCUUCCAUUACCUACCGGAAGUCAUAUGCCCAUACACGCGCGUAAAACGCGUACGGCUUGCGAAGAAAUCGAAAUGGUGGAGUUGUGCGGCAGCGGCCAGGCUUCAUCGGCCAUGGGGGUGAUGGGGAUCGGCUCGAUGGUGUCCGCGGCGACCUCGUCAUCCUCUUCGUCGACCACCACGACCACGGGGGCCUCGUCCUCGGCGUCGGGACGCGCCGGGGUCCUCGAGACCCAAGUGCGCGGUCAGUGGUAUCGCGUAUUCGUCUCUCUCGAGGACGAUUAUCUCAGUAUCUCGCUCGACGAGAGCUGCGAGACCGGCAACAACACCCUGAACAACGGCAAUAUCAAUAACAACAACGUGGACAGUCUGAACGACCCGGACGUGCCGGACUCGGUCGCCAAUCAGAAGCGAAUAGUCCGCGUGGUGAAGAGCGACAACAAUGGCCUCGGGAUCUCGAUUAAGGGCGGGAAGGAGAACAAAAUGCCUAUCCUCAUCUCGAAGAUCUUCAAAGGCAUGGCCGCGGACGCCACCGAGCAGCUUUACGUCGGCGACGCCAUUUUGGCGGUGAACGGCGAGGAUUUGCGCGAAGCCACGCACGACGAGGCGGUGAAGGCGCUCAAGAGAGCCGGCAAGGUCGUCGAACUGGAAGUGAAAUACCUGCGGGAAGUGACGCCGUACUUCAGAAAGGCUUCGAUCAUCCAGGAAGUGGGCUGGGAACUUCAGCGCGGUUUCCUCAGCGCGACGCCGCCGCCACCAAAGUCACCACCGCGAGCGGACACUCGUUAUCUGCCAUUACAACUCUGCCGACUCACCAGGUCGCAUCCCACUUCCGAUCCCGGCCGCAUUCUCGAGCUGCACUCACCUGACGGGGUCCACGAAUGCUGGUUGAGAGCCGCUGACAGCACCGAGGCGAAUGUCUGGUUCAAUGCUUUGCACUCGGCGUUGGCAGCCCUCACCUUGAAAGCAUUACGACUGGCCUCAGCACUUCCGGAUCCGCAGCAGCUUCAGCACAUCGGCUGGCUCGCGAGGAGACAUUGUCUUCAGAACGGACGGGCCAGUAGCGAGAGCAGCGAGGACGGAGCCGGAAGUAGCGCGAGCACUUCGCGAGGAGUCGGAAGUGGAUUCGGUCUCGCCGGCGGCUGCACAGGCGGAUGGCGCAGCGUCUUCGGCGCAGUUUCAGGUCGAGAACUCAGACUGUACGAGUGCGCGCCUUGGAGUCCGGAGGCCUGGGCUUCACCGAGCAUUACCUGUCCCCUCAUCGCGACACGACUGGUUUCUUCCCCGACGCGGCAGAACGAAGCGGCGAGUAGCAGUAGCGGUUCGACUCAACACGGGGCGACGUUCGCGGUUCGGGUCGGCACGAUGGACGGGGUGAUCACGCAUCAUUUACGAGCUGAGACACGAAGAGAUCUGGCGGCCUGGGCGCGGGCGAUCGUUCAGGGAUGUCACGCGGCAGCUCACUCCUUGCGGGAGUACACCGUUCGUUGCACAUGGCAAGGUAAGGCCUGUCAGUUAAUUGUCAAUCACGAGGAAGGAUUCGCGCUUUAUGCCGCUGGAACGCGGAACACUGCCGGCAACGGCGUAAGUCCUGGAUCACCGCCCACCCCGCUGUGGAAGAGAUCCUUCGACAAAUUGAAAAUGUCCGCGGACGACGGCGCCCGUCUCCUGUGGCUCGAAUUUGGGGGCGAUGAUGGCGAAAUUGAGCUUGACCUGGAGAGCUGUCCGAAACCGAUCGUGUUUGUCCUGCACAACUUCCUUUCGGCGAAGAUACAUCGGCUCGGUCUGAGCGCAUAGGGGCACGAGGGGGCCCUGACAGAGGCCCCCGAUCUACCCCCUCACACCACCAGGUCUGUUACCAGCGUCUUUCUUCAUUGAACCAGAAUGAAUCACGGCGCGAAAGAGAAAAGGGCUUUUCUCUCUUCGAGGAUUCGAUAUUAAACGAGGUUUGAUGAGGCACGAGACACAAAUAUAAAAAAUGCAAGGGCUAUUCUUGCCCUUGUCGCGUCGCGUACAGUGUUUCUGUUCUUCGCGACAUUAAAAUGUGAAAAAGAGAUAGAUUUGAAGAGUAUAACGGCGAAGAAACAAUUUUGGGAAUGACUGAUAUUAUAGGACAGAGAAAGUUCAUAUAGAGAAUAAUAGUCCGAGGAUUCUAAAAUUGCUCUCUUAAAAUUCGAUCUAACAAAGUUUCAAUAUAUAACUGUUUCUCAAAAAUAUUUAUUGUCUCCAAUUAUUUAAUAUAUGCCAGAAUCUGAAAGUUUAAGAUUCUAUGAAUUAACACACUUGAGGUUUUAGAUAAAUAUUCACGAGUCUAAGACCUUGAAAUCUAAGAGAUUUUUAAAAAUUAUUUUCAAAAACCAAUCUAAAAAUAAUAAUUUUCAAAAUUUUCUCAAAAAUUUAAUACUUACUAUCUCCUAAAUUUUAUUGCACGUUUUAGCGUUAAACAUAUCAAGAAUUGUCAAAAAUAAAUCAAAUAUUCACAAUUGCAAUAAUCUUUCUCCUUCCCUCUCUUUUUCUAAAAUUAAAAGUACCUAUUCUCUUCUUACCUAAUACUUAAAAAAUUCCAAAAAUAUCUUAAACGGCCUAAUUCUUUUUAUCAAAUGCAAAUAUCCGAAUUGCGCACAUCCUAGAAUUCUCGGACUUGAUGUAAGGAAAUACAAGAAGAACGAAAAGAAAAAGAUUAUAUGUGUAUAAGUUUGAUAGUCCAUAUAGAAUCUUCAAGAGAAGCUCGAUUAUACGAUAAAUCGACUCGGGACGAUCCUUAAAAAAGAAUCGGGCGACAGUCCCCUUUCUCCAGAUUUUUUUUCUCUCCAACGAUAAUCGAUACGAAGCCAUCCAGGAGACGAUAUAUUGAAGAAAGUACGACACAUGUAACAAGGAUAGAGAGGCGGAUGGGUGAAGAAGGAAACGCCCAAGCCGCUAAUCAACGCGCCUAAGUAACUAAUUAUAUAUAUAAUUAACUAUUUACCUAAUCUUAAGAGUAUAUAUAUAUAUAUAUAUAUACAUAUAUAUAUAUAUAAGGACUAAUCGCAAAAGAACUGACUUUGGCGGAAUUAUCGAAAUAAAUAUUCACACUGAUCCUGUCUCGGAUGUCGAAUUGUGGUUAUAUUGUAACGAGCAUGGAAACCGGAUCUAGGCGCGAUUGUUUAAACGACGAUCAUGAUGCUUUGAUGUAAUAUAUUUCGGCCCUCAAACGCAAUUCGAUGAUAAUCUGAAUUUUGGAAAAUAAUCAUGCGCGCAAUUGUACAAUCACAUUCCGAUGAUUGCUAAAUAUACAUAUGUUAAAGAUACUUCCGAAAGAGGAAAAAAAUUGUUUCACUAUAAAUGAAAUUUUAUUUCAUCUGUUGGAUUUCAUUUUGAAAUAUAUGUCCCGUUUAAGAGAAAAAUUUGUAAAAUAAAUAUUUUAUGACAAAUGA